AUGGAAGAAGACGAUUUCAAUCCAGAUUCAAUACUGACGGACUUCGAGUCCGCUACGAUAAAAUCGGUCAAAUCACUGUUUCCAAAUGUCCUACACAAAGGUUGCUUGUUCCAUUUCGGUCAGUGCAUUUGGCGAAAUAUUCAAAGUCACGGAUUACAAAAUAAAUACCAGGCCGAUAAGUCGUUCCAUUUAAAUGUUAAAAAACUUAUCGCUUUAGCUUUUGUUCCUAUUUUAGAUGUGGUAAAAGCCUUCGAAUUGAUAGUCGACGACUUCGACGACGAUGCAGAUCAAUUUCUCGAUUAUUUCGAGAAAACCUGGAUUGGUGAACGAAAAAGAAGAGGUGCUGGUCGUAAAAACCCACAAUUUCCAAUUGAAUUAUGGAACAUUCACGAUCGAAUAACUUCCAAUCUUCCUCGAUCCAACAAUUCCAUCGAAGGCUGGCACAAUGCAUUCGCGAAACGUGUUUCAAUUGCUCAUCCAACGAUCACGAAGUUAGCCGACAAAAUCCGUAUGGAACAAUCGAAAUUCGAGAUUGAUAUCACUCAAAUUCGACAAGGCCACGAACCGAAACCGAAAAAAGCAGUUUAUCGAAAACUCGACGAGAGAAUUACGCGAUUAGUUGGUGAUUACAAUAGCGUCGAUCUAGGUGAAUAUUUGAAAGACUUAGCUGCAAAUAUGUUGUUGUAG